AUGGUUUUGAUUGGCGAGACUGGUUCUGGAAAGAGCACUCAGUUGGUUCAGUUCCUUGCUGAUUUUGGUAUAGGAUCGAGUGAGACUGUUAUAUGUACACAGCCGAGAAAGAUUGCAGCCAUCUCAAUUGCUGACAGGGUGAAAGGAGAAUGCCGUGGCUGCUAUAAAGACAGUAACAAUUCUGUUAUUGCUUAUCCAGCUUUUUCCUCCAACCAGCAGUUUGGUUAUGCAACAGACCAUUGCUUGCUGCAGCACUUAACGAAAGACAGGAACUUGCCUGGGAUUUCUUGCUCACGAAAGAAGCUUGAGCACUGA